UACGUUGUUAUGGAACUGUCUUACUACCACUGUUUCCUUCAGGACAGGAAAUAUUAUCGGAGCAAGUACUUCCUCCACUAAAAGUGCAGCGGAAGUGCUUGAAAUCUAUCAGCAUGUGCAAUGUUUCGGAGGAAGAUAAGGCUUUAAAAGAUGUGGACUUUAAGGAAGACUGCAGUGAUGAAAGGGAGAGGGACCCUCAGAGAAGUUGUGAAGAUAAUGAGCCAGAGGAGCCCAAAGAACCAAGAAUCCGAGAGACUCCUGAGGACAUUGCUUUUGAGGCAAUAGUGAAUACAAUAGACUUUCAUCCCAAAGAGCAAAUCAUAGCUGCAGGAGAUGUGGAUGGAGAUGUCUUUGUUUAUUCAUAUUCAUGUGUAGAAGGUGACAAUAAAGAGCUUUGGUCAUCAGGGCAUCAUCUAAAGUCAUGCAGAGAGGUGAAGUUUUCACACGAUGGACAGAGACUCUUCACAGUAUCAAAAGACAAGGCAGUACAUAUUUUGGACGUGGAGAAAGGCAUGCUUCUGAAGCGUUUUUCAAAGGCUCACAGCACAUCUAUAAAUUGUCUGCUUCUGAUCGAUGAGAACUUGUUUGCUACAGGAGAUGAUGAUGGGAUGCUGAAGGUGUGGGACCUACGAAAAGAGGCAGCUUUCAUGGAGCUGAAGGAGCAUGAUGAUUAUAUCAGUGGCAUCGUUAUUGAUCAGAACAAGAAAAUACUUCUUACAUCUAGUGGUGAUGGGACCAUGGGUGUGUUUAAUAUCAAGAGGCGGCGACUGGAUUUGGUUUCAGAGUAUCAAAAUGGAGAUUUGACUUCAAUCUCUCUUAUGAAGAAAUGCAAGAAGGUGGUCUGUGGCUCCAGUAAUGGGACACUCUACAUCUUCAAUUGGAAUGGGUUUGGUGCUGCCAGUGACCGUUUUGCACUAAAAGCAGAGUCUGUUGACUCUGUGGUGCCCAUCACAGAAAAUAUACUGUGCACAGCUUCUCUGGACGGCGUUAUCAGGGCUAUAAACAUCUUACCAAAUCGUGUAGUUGGUGUUGUUGGCCAACACCUUGGAGAGCCAGUUGAACAGAUUGCCAAGUCACAUGAUGGACAUUUCUUGGCAAGUUGUGGACAUGAUCAGAAGUUGAAAUUUUGGGACAUAUCUGCAUUGAGCUCCCUUAAAGUUAGUGACUAUAAGAAGAAGAAAAUCUGGAAGUUACAGUCAUUGACUAAGAAAGCCUUCGGAAGAGAUGACUUUUUUGCCGACUUAGUAGAGAACUCUGAAAAGAAAGUAGAAAAGGAUACAGCUGUUGAGAAUGAAGACAGUGACAGCGAUAGUGAUGACAGUGAUUGAAAUGGACUACUUACUGUCACAAUACUAAUUAUCUAUAAAUUCUUUUUAAAGUA